UUUCCAUCGACCACCAUGCGGGCCAUCCACCGGUUCAAUCAUCGCAUUCCGCUCAAGAUGGCACAUCGCCCCGUCAGCGCAAUGUCUCGUCAAGAAUCUGAAAUGAUUAACCGUAGUCGUCGUGCUCUGUCCUCUGGAACCUUAACGGACUCGAUUGAAAAACUACGACACAUGUGCCUUGCCCGUGGCGCGUCGGGCAUUCUUGGAUUGGGCCGGUGUUUCCGCCGCAUGGACGAUGAUGGCAACAAGCAGCUGAAUCUUGAGGAGUUCAUUAAGGGUCUGCAUGAUACCGGGUUGGACAUUUCAGCAGAGGAAGCAACAGAAAUGUUUAACAAAUUUGACACCGAUGGCAGUGGUUCUAUCAACAUGACCGAAUUUCUGGUAGCCAUUCGUCCAAACAUGUCAGAAUCCAGGGUAAACAUUGUAAAGCAGGCUUUUGCAAAGCUGGACAAGACGGGAGAUGGAACGAUAACCAUUGAGGAUUUGAAGAACGUAUAUUCUGUGAAGAAUCAUCCAUUGUACAUAAGCGGAGAAGAAACCGAGGAUGUCAUCUUGCGGAAGUAUUUGGCAAAUUUCGAGGAGAACGGAAAUGUAGACGGCACCGUGACCAAAGAGGAAUUUCUCAACUACUAUGCCGGGCUGAGUGCCUCGAUCGAUUCGGAUGCAUAUUUUGAUCUGAUGAUGCGCCAGGCAUUCAAGCUGUAAACAUUUCCCGUC